UUUGUAUGCCUCUCAUCCAACUACUAGUACUGGUAGUAGGAUGCAUAUUUCAACUCCUUCCCAAACUAAGGCUGUGGCGCAUCAACCCUGCCAGUGUCUGCAUUCACAAAUAAGGCCACACACACCAUGAUCAUCAUGUCCCAUGACCGGUUCAGCCAGUCAAAGCGUUGUUCACAUGCACAAAACAGGAACAAUGCCCUGCGGUGUGCCAGUGCUUUGCAGACAAGCGUGACGUCACAAAACAAACAACUUGAACCACCUACAUCCGUCCCUGGCACUGCACGGUACCACACAGCAAUCCAAGGGGGGAAGCCAGGUAAGGAUAGGAUAGGACAGGAACGGCAGUCUUGCAGCGCAGCCACAGAUGGAUGGCCCAGGUGAGUCAGGGUUCAAAGGGCACACAAUAUCUCAGAGUGACGCACUGGGAUUUCUUGUCGCGAGACGAUAUAACUACCAUUGUACACUGCGCCCAACCUCCUUUAUUCUUUCUUUCCUGUCAGACUUACACACGACUUGAAUCGCCCUUGAUUCCCAGUUCACAAGUCAAACAGACUACAAAUCGCACUAUCGCCGUACCUGUCUACUAUACCCGAGACUUUCUGUUUCAUUACCCGCCAUCAUGUCCGAUAUCGCCAAAGGCGUCGGGAACCUAUUCGCCUCGUUCGCCGAGAUCAUCAGAGGGAUCUUUGCCACCAUCUUUGGUCUCUUCGGGACCGCCAUCAAUACCGUCAUUGGCCUGUUCAAAGGUGUCUUUAAUUUGGCCGAGGGUGCGAUUGGCUUCAUCAUAGGAAAUCUCUUCAUCAUUGGCACUCUGGUUGCUGUAUACUUUGGAUACGUCCUGUAUCAGCAACGCCAAGGAAGACAGCCCGCGCCGAUUUCGAGGGCAGCGAAGAAGACAAGUUAAAUCGUACACAAGCGAAGUGAACGUUGAACCUUCAAGUUGCCAAUGCCAGUGGGGCGGGAUGUAAUGCCAAAGGAUAAUUAGGGGUGGAUGAGAGAUGGAAAUGAAGGACUGAACUCAAUUCAAUGCAGUUCAGCAAUGAGUGAUGGCUACGUAUGAUGGGAAGGCGUUGAAAGGUUCAACACGGAGAGAGCUUGGUUGCAAAUGCUCGACUUGGAUCAGUAUGGAAAUCGAAGAUUCAGGCUUAUUCUGACGGCGAGUGAAGCCCAAUUCACUUCAAGUCGGGCUUACUUGGGUAGUGCAGUCUACUAGUACUUCAUAAAUAGGAAUACAGCUAUCCCCUAUUUUGAGGAUGUCAACAACACUCUGU